AGGACUGGGCCAGAAUUGAAGCACAAAGGGUAUGUGAAAAGCCAGCGCCACACCAUCCAAGUGGAUUAUAUCUCAUACUUGGAUGAAAUUGCCAGCCUGGCAGGGUUCAAACCCAACCUGCUGUCUCUCUUCCUCAUGGAUACUAAGCUAGCCAUGGAGGUUUUCUUUGGCCCAUGCACACCAUACCAGUACCGCCUGAGGGGGCCAGGAAAGUGGGCUGGAGCCAGAGAAGCCAUCCUGACCCAGAGAAAGCGGAUCACCAAGCCCCUGAAAACCAGGAAUGUGGAGGACUCUACCAACCAGUCCUUGGGGGCCAUCUCGCAGUCGGUCUAA